AGACCGGUCAUAAGCCAACGUUCCCCCACUCAGAUUCUACCUUGCGAUCGGAAUAUUUGAGAUAUAAUUUCAAUGAAAAAGCGAAACUCGGCAGAAUCCCUGAAAUCGUCCCUCGAGAAUCUUAAUUUGAAUCCUUGUUCGAAUAAUGAAUCAAAGCAAAAGGUUCCUGUUUCAGCUUCCGUGUCUUCCUCAAGAACAGGUGUGCGUGUCUUCAAGUCAAGACCUCCGUGUCUUGUCAGCUUAUGUCUCGGGGUUGUGGGGAGGCACUUGGAGGACAUUAUUCCAUACUUAGCUGAGAUUUCUGUUAACUUUCCUGCUGGCGUUAAGAUGACAAUAGUUUCCAUUGCAAGAAGAAGGAAGCUGCUAGAUGAUGAUGUCAUUGUCUCAUUGGCUGACAGUUCCUGGAAAAUCCUUGACAUCAGUGGUUCGGACAUUUCCGAUGCUGGCUUAGCAAAAGUGGCUGAAAUGUGCAGAUCUCUCCGUGCUGUGGACAUUAGUCGGUGCAGCAAAAUAACUUUUAUGGGUGUCUCGGAGCUCGUGCAACACUGCCGAUCAUUAGAGACACUGAGAUGCGGAGGCUGCUUAGCGAGCGAGUCCACUGCUCGUAGAUGUCUGGGCUUAUUUAAGCCAAACCUAAAUGAUGUUGGAGGAGAAACAUGGGAAGAACUGUACAACACAGAGAUCGGCCAUGGUGGUCAAUCAUUACGUUGGCUUGUUUGGCCAACAAUCGACAAGGAUUCAUUCGAGAUGUUAAACAUUGAGUGCCCACGUAUAGUGAUAAACCCCAAGCCCUCGCUUCUGGGUUAUAGAGGUCAACAGGUUCCUCGGGAGGCACUACUAGAUGUUAGUCUAGAUGAGCCAUUUGUGAAGGAUAUAGAUCCGAAAACAUGGGUUGGCGGGAUUGGGCGGAAACCCACUUCCCAAACUCCCUCGGGAUCCAACGAGAUGCCGAUAGCAGAGAGGUUCAGACUUGCGUUUGCAGAGAGAGAUGCACGUUUGGCCCCAAAACGUGCGAAGAAUGUGAGGCAGCAUCAAAGGCGUGCUGAGAGGGAGUGGAUGAUGUCAAGCAGCGAAGCUAAAGCAAUGGCUUUAGCUUCAAAGGCCACCAGAUCAUUGCGUAGAAACUAAGCUUUACCUAAAAGAGUUUUAGGGAAUACGUGGAAGAUGAUUGGAUGUUCUUUCACUACAACUUACACAAAGGAGAUUGGUAAUUGUGGAUAAGCUCAUCAAUGUUCGUUCAACUACUAAAGAGUGUAACUUCAUGUCAAAAGAAUUGGUUUAUAGUCAUUGUGUGUUUUCGUAAAGUC